AUGCUGAAGUUCAACACAACCAUGACCGCACCGGAAACGGUGACUGUCAGGGAAGAAGACGCGGCUACACACAUUCUGAAGACGUUGGUCCGAUACCUGACAUGGUCUCGUCUCAGGCAGGCGGCAGACGACGAGCCCGACCCGCUGGACUUGGACGCGGUUUCGAGUAUGCUACAGCGGCUGACCGGCACACAGAAAGAGGUUCUCUACAAUGCCACGGACACCAGGUCGGAGCAGGAGCUCAUUGAUGUCCUCAACACAACCAUCAUGAGGCCCCGGCAGUUUGAGGUGACUUUGAUGGAG